AUGAAGCUUGUAGCGGUGAUGCUGAGCGUGCUGUCGAGCACUGCUAUUGCAGCGACUGGACUCCAGCAGGUCCUCGGCACUCAUCCGGAACAGAGUCAGCCCAAUUUCAUCUUCGUCAUAACCGACGACCAGGACCUCGAGCUGGACUCUGUCAAAUACACGCCUCUGAUCCAGACGCAUUUGCAAAGUAAAGGUACUUUUUUCAAAAACCAUUUUGUCACCACCGCCCUGUGCUGCCCGUCGCGCGUAAGUUUAUGGACCGGGCAGCAGGCGCACAACACCAACGUCACGGAUGUUAGCCCGCCAUAUGGCGGCUAUCCUAAAUUCGUGGACCGUGGCUUCAACGAGAAUUUCCUGCCUGUUUGGCUGCAGGACGCCGGGUACAACACGUUUUACACAGGGAAACUGUUCAACACCCAUACUGUUGAGAAUUAUAACCAACCCCAUGUGAACGGCUUUAAUGGGUCCGACUUCCUUCUGGACCCGUUCACUUACUCUUAUCUUAAUUCCACCUAUCAGAGAAACCAUGAGCCCCCUGUGAGUUACGAGGGCCGCCAUACCACCGAGGUAAUCACGGAGAAGGCACUCGGCUUCUUGAACGAUGGAUUGGUAGCCGAGCAGCCGUUCUUUUUGGUCAUCGCACCCAUUGCACCACACGCCAAUAUCGAUGGAGGCGCGUUACACGGCGGUGGUGCCCCGACAGUCAUGACCGAACCGAUUCCGUUGGAUCGUCAUAGACAUCUCUUCAAGGACGUAAGAGUGCCACGCACCGACCAUUUCAAUCCAGUUGAACCGAAUGGAGUAAGCUGGGUUCGUGACCUCCCUCGACAGGAUCAGUCGACUGUUGCAUACAAUGAUCACUUUUAUCGCCAACGUCUGCGUGCAUUGCAAGGAGUGGACGAAUUAGUCGAUACUUUGGUCACUAGGCUUGAGGAAAGUGACCAAUUGGACAAUACGUAUAUCAUCUACACUUCUGACAACGGGUACCAUAUCGGCCAACAUCGUCUCCCGCCAGGCAAGGCAUGCGGCUUUGAAGAGGAUAUUCGAGUGCCCUUUUUUAUUCGGGGGCCUGGCAUUCCACAGGGUAGAGUGCAGGAAGCCGUCACAACACAUAUUGAUAUUGCGCCUACCUUGUUCGAGCUUGCCGGCAUUCCGUUACGGGAUGAUUUUGAUGGAACACCCAUGCCCAUUGCGCCGAACUCUAAUAGCACGCGACACGAACACGUUACCGUUGAAUACUGGGGGCACGCAUAUUUAGAAGGGCUGAAGGGUUCCAUAGACAAUUCACCGGUUGUUGCUAACAAUACAUACAAGUCGAUUCGCUUGAUUGGCGACGGAUUCGACUUGUACUACUCCGUGUGGUGUACCAACGAGCAUGAGCUAUACGAUCUGACGACCGAUCCGUAUCAAAUAAAUAAUCUCUACGACAAGCAGGACGUUUACAGUCCAUUAAUACACAAGUACGGCCUCUCGCAGAUUGUUUCGCGGCUUGAUUCUCUACUCUUGGUGUUGAAAUCGUGCAAGGGCCGCACAUGCAUCAAGCCGUGGGAUGUUCUACACCGCCACGGGACAGUCGUGUCUCUCAGAGAUGCACUCCACGCGGAGUAUGAUGCCUUUUAUAACUUCCAGCCCAAAGUUGCCUUUGAUCGCUGCGAGUUGGGCCAGAUUCUUGACGCGGAGGGGCCUCAGGAGCCGCUUGUGUAUCGAGAUGGCCUGAGCUGGGAUGUCUGGACGUAG